CCUAGGUUUUCAUUCAACUUUACAGCUCACCCUGAUGUCUCUCCUGGAGGAUACACCAACCAGGAGUCUACACAUUAAAGAUCGACAUUUCACCUGCAGCAAAAUAAUAGGAAGGAGAUUCACUUGCUUUGCACAGAGACUGAGCCAGAGGCGAAAGCAAAACCAAUGUGAUUUAUUGAAUGAAGACGCUGGACAAUUACCAACAACUUGUUCCUCUUCUGCUUCAUCCAAGCUAAACUGGAUAAUGAUAGCACAACAGAUGCAUGUGGGCAAAUCCUUAGUCCUCUAA